AUGGCAUCUGGGACUUCAUCUCUAGAGAGUAAUGGCAGUAAUGAAUCAAUAUCCCACAAUUACGUGAGCACGGAGCGUCACAACGCAGCUCAGCUGCCGACGAUCCCUAUCCCCAUCGAGUAUGAGGUGCUGAGCUCCAACCAGUGCUACGAGAAACAGAACUACACGGUGAAGUCUCACGGCGCGCACGUGAUGAGCGGCCCUUACGAGCCGCUGCAGUAUGACGUCAUCAAUAAACAGACCAAUGAGAGCUUGAAGCAGCAAUGCGAGAAAGCCCUUCAUGAGCUUAAUCAGCUGCGCCGCCAGCAUACCGAGACCUCGCGCCGCUGCGAACAUGUUAUGAAGGAGUUGGAGUACUUCCGCGGCCAACACAGAGCAGCUAUGAACCAGCUGGAGGUGUCUGCGCAGGAGGCCAGCAGCCUCCGCGGCAAGUACGGAGACCUGCUUAAUGACAACCAGCGCUUGGAGCGCGAGGUACAGCACUUACAACAGACGAGCAAUCCGGAGGGCAGCUCCGACGCCCUCGUCCACACUCUGAGGAAGUAUGAAGCACUCAAAGAGGAACUUGACUGUUUUCAAAAGAGAUACGACGACCUAAUAGAGACCCACAACACUACGCUGGAGAAGCUCCGAAUCGUGCAGGAAGAGAAUAGCAGACUGAAGACACAAUGUCAUGACUUGACGCAAGAGAGGAAUGCUGUUAUCCGUGAGCGCAACGCCCUGAAGCAGCAAGUGGCGCACGUGGUCCGGCAGUGGGAGGGCGGCGCCCGGGAGCGCGCCGACAUCAAGCGCCUCACUGACGAGAGGAACGCCGCCAUGGCGGAGUACACGCUUAUUAUGAGUGAGAGGGACACAGUACAUAAAGAGAUGGAGAAGUUAUCAGACGACCUGCAGGCUGCGUUGAAACGUGUGGCCGCGCUGGAGUCCGCGCUACAGGCGUCUAGGGAGGAACAGAGGGCCACUGCACUACAGGCGGAGAGUCUCCGUCGCGAGAUCGAGUCUGCACUAGUGGACCGAGACCGCGCCAUCAAAGAGUGCACAGAUCUCAAGACACCACAGAACACGUCCACACUAGGGAAGUCCAGACAAGACACCUCGGCGUACCACCACUUGGGGCUAGCAAGUGGUGUGGGCAAUGACGGAUUUCUGAACGGUCAACACUCCAAUGAUCCAUCAUUGGAUAAGUUGCAAGGUCUAGUGGGCAUGGUGGUGGACGGCGUGGACAAGGAGCGCGUGGACAACCUGGAACAAGCCAACCAGGAGCUCGAGCGACUGCGGAAGCAGAUCGACAGGCUGCAGGCUGAACUGGCUGACGCGCAGAGGGAGGCUGAGGUAUCGAAACGGCGAAGAGACUGGGCUUUCUCAGAAAGAGAUAAGCUACUGCAAGAGCGAGAGAGCGUGAAAGCGCUCUGUAAUCGACUGAGAAAGGAACGCGACCAAAUGGUGGGCGAGUUAGCAGACGCUCCUCUAUGGGAUAGGACUUGCGCCCGUCGCCAUGGCAACAAGAAGGAGAGUAAGGACAAACGCUCCACUAUGACGGAGGACGACGAUCGCAAGGACUGCAGGAGACAUACUCACUCGAGGGACUCCGCUGUUGAUGCUGAUAUACAGGACUUCGAGUGGGAAAUAAUAGACGUGGAGUUGUCUGGUCUGGGCAAGGAUGGGGAGCUGGGUUUCGAACUGGCUGGUGGCAGGGAGGAGCCAUACUAUCCUAACGACUGCAGCAUAUACGUCACUGCUGUCAAAAAGGGAUCCAUUGCUGAUGGGAAGAUCAAAGUGCAGGACCGCGUGACGGAGGCGUGCGGGGUGUGCGUGUGGGCCAGCGGCGCGGCGGCCGCGGCGGCCCUGCGCGGCGCGCUCGCGCGGGCGCCCGCCGCGCUCCGCCUGCAGCGCCCGCGCGCGCGACGACACCGCCUGCAUCUGGCAGACGCCCGCGGGAUCGCACUGCACCACGGUAUUUUCAUAAGCAAAAUAGCAAACGGCAGCGCUGCUGCUAAAGAAGGCAACUUGUAUAUCGGUGAUCGCGUUGUUAGUAUAAACAACGUGUCCCUGGAGGGUGUGAAGAGUGUAUCGGAGGCGAUGGCGUUGCUGAACGAGUGCCAGUACGAGUCCGUCGCACUCACUCUGCUGAGGCCCUUGUACACAUGCUGCAAUAGUACUAGGGACAGGAUGUCAAUGUACGACCACUCCCGCUCGUACUCUGACAGUAAGAUGGUGAACAUCUGCUCGCAGACUGACGAGUCUUGGUGCCAGUUUGUACAGCCAUCCUCCGAUACUAAGGUCCACAUAGAUCACGGUAUGCCAGACUUCGACAGAAGAUAUGUGUACCAUGUAGCCGCGGGGAGCCAGGGGAAGAUACCACAGGAGAGAGGGACUUGGGACAUGAUCCGGGGGAAAAUUGAGGCGGUGACUGGUCGAAGCAAGUCCAAGGAUAAACAGAAUAAGGUGCCGGAAUCUGAUGCGAUCGCGGAGCUAGACUCCGUUAUCGAUAGUUAUCAUGGAAAAACAAUCAAAGAGACGAGUAGUGUGCUAAAACGUUCGCGGAGAAAGAACAAAGAGUCACAGAGUGAUUCUAAGAAUGGUGGCACGUGGCCCAAGGCGCGGGCCAACUUCAUACUAGAGGAGAACUCGACUGGAACCAUCGUACAGCCCCGCUCCAGGAAGGAGAGGCCGCCACUGUCCAUCCUGCUCAGCCCGCCUACUAAACUCCCGCCGGAACCGCAGCGCUCCAACACCAAUAGAAACUCGAACCCCAUCCCCCUGGGACACGCACCCCUCACUCAGGUCACCACGCCAGCUCGCCACUCCGUGUACAAGUCCAUAGAGUCCUCGCCAGCUAUCGAACACUUUCCGAAGCCCGCCCCCUUAACCAUACACAAACCGUUCGCUUCCCCGAACAGUAUGAACUUCGAGAAGAUUCGUACGUUAGAAAAGGACAAGAUGUCCAUCAGUGAUUACUCCGAACACGACGUCACACCGAACCGACUGAGCUUGGUUCUAAACCCGUCAGACGACUCGUUGGACUACCAGCCAGUUACACGCAACCGGACUAAAAGCCCGCACUCCUUAGACUUCAUUGUCAACAAGGGACCAAACUCACUGGAUUUUGUCCCAAGGAAAUCUCCCAGCUCGUUAGAACACUCGAUCAAGAAUCACCCAGGAAAAGACUUACUAGAUCAAUAUUAUUCGAAUAAGAAGUCAUCAUCACCGAAGACUGUGAACAAAUACCCUUCAGACAGUGAUAGCUUUGGACCGGACAGUUUGAACAGUAACGCAAAUUUUCCCAUGACGGGGACCUUGCCAUCACAAUCGAGGCUUCAAGCUUCUCAAUACUACAGAGGCCCUUUUGUGAAUUCAAACCCUCAUACCUCAAGUAGGUAUCCGCACUUAGCGAGUCCAACAAAUAUCCCCCAAAGUCAGUCGGGUGAGAGUAUCGGCACGAGCUACGACAUGCACUCGUUCACGUCUCACACUCACAAUAUGUCUGACCUCCAGCCAGUGCCGCGCAACACUAGGGGUGGCGACUACCACCACACGUAUGAAGGUGGAACAUUUCCUCGUAAGAAAGAGAAUCAGAGGUUUCGUAUCCCCUCGAACCCGAGUGUCACGUCAAAAAACUCCGCGGGAAAGUUAAGUACAGGGUCAAUAGAGAGAAGUUCUGAGCGGAAUUCUCCGAUGCCUACAUUUCACGUCGAAGUUUUAUCUCCGGGUCGGGGAGCGAAGCAAUUGACGCACAAAACUAGGAAUUCUAUGCCCGAGUAUUGCGGCUUAGGGUGGAACAAACCUUUGCCCGGCGAGUUAAGGAGAGUACACAUAGAUAAGAGCCAGCAACCGCUCGGUAUACAGAUAUACUGCCCGCCCAGCAGUGGCGGGGUGUUCGUGUCCACGGUGAACGACAACUCCCUUGCCAGCCAGGUCGGGCUGCAGGUGGGAGACCAACUGCUAGAAGUGUGUGGGAUCAACAUGCGCUCCGCUACCUACACGCUCGCCGCUCGAGUCCUCAGACAGAUCGGGAACUCGAUAACUAUGCUCGUGCAAUAUAGCCCAGAGAAAUAUAAGGAUGAAGUGGAAGUUCCUGGAAGCUCGUCGUCUGGUGAGAGUUCGCACGACGAGGAAGUUUCAUUGUCUGGUUCACCAACACCUAGAAAUUCUCCUGGACCGCAACAAUCUAUUAGAUUGGAGCAGCCUUCGACUGAAGUGGCUACCUUGAGGCAGUCACAGAACAACAAAGACUUGCCUAGAUUUCUUCUGAUUGAAAUGAGAAAUUGUUCGGACUUAGGGAUAAGUUUGGUGGGGGGUAAUGCAGUGGGUAUAUUUGUGCACAGCGUGCAAAUAGAGUCGCCGGCGUAUAAUGCGGGGCUGAGGACUGGCGAUCAGAUAUUGGAGUAUAACAACGUGGAUCUGAGGCGAGCCACUGCUGAGCAAGCUGCGUUGGAACUAGCUAAGCCGGCGGAUAAGGUGAGCGUAUUAGUGAGACACGAUCUACAACAGUACCACGAGAUCAAGGACAAGCCGGGCGACGCGUUCUACAUCCGCGCUGGCUUCGACCGGUGCGCCAAGAUCACGUCCGUGGGCAUGGACACCAUCGACGAGUACUCUCUAUGGUUCCGUAAAGAUGAAGUACUGUUUGUCGACAACACACUGUUCAACGGCUCGCCCGGACUCUGGCGCGCUUGGCAACUCGACUGCAAGGGCUCCAAGCGGCACUGGGGGACCAUUCCUAGUAAAUUUAAGGUAGAAGAAAUACUCAGACGAUCGAUGGGGACACUGGAAGGCGACGCUCAGAGACGAGCGUCGACGACGGCGCGUCGUUCCUUCUUCCGUCGCAAGAAGCACAGAGACAGCAAGGAACUGGCGUCCUUCUCCAACACGGAGCUGGGCUGCUGGAGUGACAGCGGGACCCUGGCUGAUGACGUGCCAGUACUCUCCUACCAACGGGUCGAGAGACUGCACUGUGAGUUAUAUUUGAACGGCACGCAGCGGCCGGUGGUGGUGCUGGGCCCGCUGGCGGGCGCGGUGGCGGCGCGGCUGGCGUCGGACUGGCCGCACGCGUUCGGGCUGGCGCGCGCCGCCGCGCUGCCCGUGGCCGGCGCCGCGCCCGCGCUGCAGCGCGGCACGCACCUGGAGCCGCGCCUGCGCCCCGACUGCACGCACAUCGACUGCAUCCCGCUGCACGCCAUCCGCGACCUGGCAGAGAAGGGAAUCCACUGCAUCCUAGACAUAAGUGUAGCCACGAUAGAGAAACUUCACAAGCAGCAGAUCUACCCGAUAGUUCUGUUCAUAAAAUUCAAGUCGUUCAAACAAAUCAAAGAGGUCAAGGAUACGCGGCACGCGGACAAGGUCACCGCUAAGGCGGCCAAGGAGAUGUAUGAACAUGGACUUAAGGUCGAAAAUGAGUACAGAAGUUACAUAUCAGCGGAGAUCCCGGCGGGCGUGAACAUAGCGUACACGUGCACGCAGAUCAAGGCGGCCGUCGAGGAGGAACAGAACAAGACGCUGUGGGUGCCCUCCGUGCAGGCCUGA